AUGACCGACGUUACUCUCUGGGACACUCACUCUCUGCUCUCGAGCCCACACAACACCGCUCGCGCACCCAACUCUCCUCCCCCUCCUCGGAACGCGCUCAUCAUCCUCAACUCGCCUCUCCCGCCUCAACCGCUCUUCCGGCGCCUCUGGGACGCAGCCUCACUCCGCUUCUGCGCCGACGGCGGCGCGAACCGCCUCUUUGACCGGUUCGUCAAAGGCAAGGGACGCGCAGCAGACGGGUGGGACGACGAGUUGGAUGGGGACGAGGGCAGGUGGUUGCCGGAUUUGGUGUUGGGGGAUUUGGACUCGUUGAGGGAGGACGCGAGGAGGUAUUACGAGGGCAAGGGCGUCCGCGUCGAACAGGACCCGGACGAAUACUCGACCGACCUCGGCAAGACCGUCACCCGUCUCUCCCAACUCGAAUCGUCCUCGCCCUCUCAAGCGCCCUAUCAGCUCGUCAUUAUAGGCGGAUUGAGCGGGCGAUUGGACCAGACGGUUCAUACGUUGCAUGCGCUCACGUUGUUGGCGGAGAAAGAGGGACGGGAGAGGGUUUGGACGGUAGGGAGGGAGAGCGCGGCGGUUGUACUCAAGAAGGGUAAACACCACCUCAAACUCGACCUCUCGCUCUUUGGCAAAACAUGCGGGAUCCUUCCCCUCGGCACUUCCUCCGCACACGUAACCACCACCGGACUCGAAUGGAACCUCGGACCGAAGGACCAUAUGUACCCCACGUCACUUUCGACCGCCGUGUCGACUUCGAAUCAUCUCGUGCAGGAGGACGUGACGGUCGAGACGGACGUGGCGGUGAUUUGGACGAUGGAGGUGCGCGGUGGGGCUGAGUGA